GGUGUUGGUGAAUAUUAAUGGUAUGCCAGUGUAUACACUUGCCGAUUUAAAAAAGUCUGGACAUGUGUUAUGGAAAGGGUUCAAGUUGGAUGAAAGUAAAAUGAUACAUAGGAAUGAAGGCGUUUCUCUGACAAACAGUUUAUGCUAUGACAAUGAAAUCAUUCCGGCCUGGACUAAUAAUGCCAAGAUCUUGUACUUGUGUGGCGAAGAUGACGAAGUAUGGAGAACUGACUUUGCUAAUACAUUUAUUGAGACAUGUCCUGAAGAGAAGAAGAAGAACAUUGAACUCAUCAUCUAUCCAGAAGCAGGACAUGCGAUCGAACCUCCAUAUACGCCGUUGUUUACAUCAAUGGUCAGUAAAACCCUUGGCAUAACGCUGGCGAUGGGAGGACAGACUGAAGCUCAUGCUGCAGCCCAAGAGGAUGCUUGGAAAAGAAUCCUCCACUUCCUCCACAAGCAUCUGCCACAGAAGCAUCACCAGUCCAGUAGAAUAUAGCUAAAAGACACUGUUCCAUUGUCUGAAGCGCAUUACAAAAGAUGUCAACGUUCUUUCUCUUGUUUGUCUGGUCAUGAUGUAUAAAUCAAACAAACUCCCAAUGAUAUUCUCCUCUUCGAGUGCAAGCUUAACACUAAACACAUAUACUACUGUCAUCAGGGAUGGUCAGAUGGGAAAAAGGAGAACAUCCGAAAUCCUCAUGGGAUAUUUUUGAUAUAAUCAUUACCAUGUAA